AUGUCUCCAAAGGUCGCCGAGGUCCGAGGUGCUGGCCAGGUCGCGCUUGACUCAGCCUUUAAGGCCUGGGUUUGCGGCCCGCCCGGCCCGGCCCCUCCCGCCUGCCCGCGCGGCGAUUGGCUGAGCUGUCAGCGGGCAGGGCCUCCGGGCGUGGGUAGGGUACUCCGGGCGCGUGAUGAGACUCUGUUCCAACUUGUCCCAGGGAAGGCCGUCCCCGCCUCCAUGGAACCGAAUACGAAGAGCUGGGGGUCCGUGGGCAGUGCUGAGGAGGGGUCCGGCGCCUUCCUGGGGACCAGCAUCAACUAA